AUGAAGCACCUUCAAUUGAUGCGCAUCUCGGCACAAGCUCCUUUGAUAAACGAUUCCAGGCUGGUUGCUGCGUCGACGCUGGCCAUGGAGCCGCUAAGAGCGUACUUAGCGAGUAUAAACGUGGGUGCGGAGGAGAUCGCUAAGUGCGAGGAAAUAGUGAGGCGUCAGGUGGUGUUCAGGCUGGAGAAUAAACUGCGGGAGGAGCAGAAGCGGCGGUUGCAGCUUCUGCGGUUAUUGAGGCAGCUUGAAGCGGAUAAGGUUGAGCUGGAAACGGCCAUGUUGGAGGAGACGAGGAACCAGGGUUACGCAGGCACCAGCGUCGUCAUGACUGGCGAUGGUGAUGAUGCCAGCACGACCUUUGAUGAGGACGAAGAGGAGGAGGAUGACGAAGAGGAUGAAGACGAAGAGGCGGAAGGGGAGGAGGAGAAAUCUGGAGGUGAUCAGGAGGCUGACAGCAGCGCCGUAACCACAGCAGGCCACGGGUUGUUGAAGCGCAGUGGGAGCGACCUCAGGUCGAGGCAGAUUGGUAGCAGCGGCCGCAGGUCCAGGAGGUCUCGGAGCAAGGCUCGGCGCGCUGUCAAGGCUGAAGUGUUGGCUCGGGACAAUGACGAGGACGAAGGAGGGCCGGGCAGCGGCGGGGAGGAUGACGAGUUUUUCGAAGCCAUGGAUGAUUUUGUUAGCUCUGGAAGUGUGCUGACUGUGCUGGAUAUUCAGGAGGUGGGAUUCACGUACCCCAAGAUACCUCGCAGGGAGCGUCUGCCUCCCCCAGCAGAAGAGGAGAAACCGGUCAGCAUCUGGUCAAUUCUCAAGGACCUGGUGGGCAAGGACUUGUUCAAGGUGUCGCUGCCCGUGAGCUUCAACGAGCCCAUCAGCACCAACCAGAAGUACUGCGAGACAUACGAGUACAGCUGGCUGCUCGACCGGGCAGCAGAAUACGGCCGCCGGGGCAACAAGCUAAUGAGGGCAGUGCACGUGGCAGCGUUCGCAGUGUCACGCUACUCGGGCAACGCUGGUCGCAUGCACAAGCCCUUCAACCCGCUGCUGGGAGAGACGUUUGAGGCCGACUGCCCCGACAAGGGCUUCCGAUACGUCUCCGAGGCGGUGUUGCAUUACCCCCCCACCCUAGCGUGGAACUGUGAGGGCACGGGGUGGCGCAGCUGGGGGGACGCGUGCCUCAAGGUGCGCUUCUGGGGGCCGUCCGUGCAGCUGGACCCCGUCGGCGUGCUCUCCGUCGCCUUCGAUGACGGGGAGGUCUUUGAGUGGAGCAACGUGACGGUGUCCAUUCAGAACCUGAUUCUCGGGAAGCCUUUUGUGGACCAUUAUGGCACGAUGCGGAUCCGGGGGAACCGGGGGUUCUCGGCAAGGCUGCGGUUCAAAGAGCGGUCGACCUUCGACCGGAAUCCCCAUCAGGUCAGGGGCAUCGUGCAGAGUGAUGACGGGGAACAAAAGGCUACUCUCGUGGGGCGGUGGGAUCAGUUCCUGCACUUUGUGCCGGGGGAGCUCAGCAGCAAGUCCCAGAAGGAGGAGAGCGAGGUGCUGGCCACGGCUCAGCUGCUGUGGCAGAAGUGCGCCCCCUCGCCCUUCCCCUGCAAGUACAAGUUCACGCCCUUCUGCAUCACCCUCAACGAGAUGACUCCGGGGCUCAAGGAGCACCUCCCCCCUACCGAUUCUCGCCUGAGGGCAGAUCAACGGGCGUUGGAGGAGGGGUACUAUGAUCGGGCGAUUCAGGAAAAGUCACGCCUGGAACAGAAGCAGCGCAAGGCCCUGAAAUCAGGCGAGCCGGGGUGGCACCCGCGGUGGUUCCAGCAGCAAGGGGGACCGGGGAGCACGUGGACGUACGUGGGGGGAUACUGGGAGCGGCGAGGGGCGCAUGAUUGGUCGGGAAUCAAGGAUAUCUUUGCGGACGAUGAAGAGGAGCAGCGGCAGAAGGAGCAGCGGGAGAAGGAGCAAAAGGAAAAGGAUCAGAGGGAAAGGGAUCUGAAGGAGAAGGAACAGAGGGAGAAGGAGCAGAGGGAGAAGGAACAGAGGGAUAGGGAGCCACCAGUUGUGUGGCUGGGCAAUUGUGUCUGGUCUGGGCUGCUAUCAGUAGCUUAG